AGCGAGAGAGGGCGCGGAAAGCGGCACCUUCUCGCUCCGCCCUCCUCACCCCGGGGUGGCUCCAACUGCAGCAACGGCAGGCGGGGGGAGGAGGCAGAGAGGGCGACGUCUGCACAGCCACAGGUCCCGCGCGAGCGAGGGUGAGCGCGCGUGCCCGGAGCUCGCGGGGGCUGAGCGCGCCUCCCGGCGCUCGCCAGGCCGGCCGGGAACCGGUGGGGGCGCGGCCGUCCGGCGGCAGGCAGGGCGCCUGCCCGGGCGCUGGGCGGGGCUCGGGGCGGAGCUAGGGGGCCUCCGCCGGCUGGAAUUUGAAUGCCGUUCUGGAGGGGGAGAAGAGAAGGGAGGGGUUCGGUUUCCUUGGAGGUGGAACCCUGCGACGGGAGAGGCUGCCCAGGCAACCCAGCACCCUUUCCCUGCCCGCUUUCGGGGGCGUACUUGUGAGUCGGCCAGCAUAAGCAGCCCCAGCAAGUCCGACCUGGGAGGAGAGGCAUCCCUUCAUUGGAAGAUACUUCCUUAGUAGAUUACAUUUCUUUGCUCUAACAAAAAGUGUCACUGAGUUCUAAUGGCUGGAAACAAAGGAAGAGGACGUGCUUCUUUUACCUUUAACAUUGAAGCUAUUGGUUUUGCUAGAGGUGAAAAGUUACCUGAUGUGGUAUUGAAACCUCCACCACUAUAUCCUGACACAGAUUACAAGCCAGUGCCGUUAAAAGCAGAUGAAGCAGAAGAAUACAUGUUGGCCUUAAAACAGGAGUUUAGAGCAACCAUGAAAAGAACACCUUAUUUUAUGGAUACAGAAGAAGAGAAGCAAGAAAUUGAAAGAUACAGUAAAAGAUAUCUGAAAAGCUACAAAGAUGACGAUUUGGAAUGGGUACCAGACUGGAGAAGACUUCCAAGAGAGAUGAUGCCAAGAAAAAAGCUGACAAAAGGCCCCAAACGCCAAAGGACAAAAGGGACAGCCAAAGUUCCUGCUACGCUCAUGAGUACUGUGGAUGUAUUGAAAAAAAUUGAGGACUUGGAAAAGAAAGGUGAUGAAGAAAAAUCAGAUGAGGAAACUGAUGAAAAAGAAGGAGGUAAAGGGAAAAGGAAAGAUGAUGAUGAUGAAGAAGAUGAAGCAGCUGAUGAACAAGAAGAGUAUGAUGAAGAAGAGCAGGAAGAGGAAAAUGAUUACAUCAAUUCUUACUUUGAAGAUGGAGAUGAUUUUGGUGCAGAAAGUGAUGACAACAUGGACGAAGCAACAUACUAGUGAUAAUCACUUGUUUUUGUUUCUUAUAUGGCCUCUGAAUACUUAAACAAACUUAUUACCUCUUUUAUUUCUGAUGAGAAAUGAGUAAGUAUGGUAUUCUUGUUCACUAUCCUGUGAGCAUUUAUUACUUAAAAAUUCCAAAGUCACUUUGAGUUUACAUAUUUGUUACAGUUUACAUGUUAGUUUGCAGGGCUUUCCUGUAAAUUGCCUUUGUCUCAGCAAUUGCAAAAUUCAUCUGAUUAUGGUUAUUUUAAUUUGAAUGUGCCUAAAGCCUACAAAUUAAUACUUGAAUCAAGCUGCUCUUGUUUUUAACUGCUGGUUUUUUGAAGAAUUUAUUGGUCUUCAUAAUGGAUUUCUUUAUCCUGGAAACUAAUUUUACAUUGCACAUGGAGCACUUUAAAAACAAAGAAACUUGAAAGUUGUUGGUAUUUUUGACAUCUUCCAAAUUAGUUUUAAAGCUACACUGAAUUUUGUACAAAGAAGCAAGUGAAAGUUUGAAUUUUUUAAGUUUCCAUCUUCAAUCAUUAGAAGGUCACUCUCAGAUGAAAUGAAAGAACCCUGAAUGACACAAAGAUAGUAGGGAACUGCUUUCUACAUGAUAUUACAGGAGAUGUCUGAGGCUAAUAGUCAUUUUAUAAUUCUCAUCCAUGAACAGUUGAAUUUGGGGGGGGGAAAUCAGGUUAUUUUAAGAAAUAAUAUUUAGUAUUAUAAUAUGUAAGAAUGUAAGAGGAUAACUCCAUAAGCUUAAUUCAUAUAUAAUAAUGCAUUUUAAUGUGGACAGGUAAAGCCCCUUGCAAGUGUUGGUUCUCUAAAAGAGAGUACUGUACAGUGCAUAGAAGCUAUAGAAUUAAAAUUCUAUUUGUUUACAUAAUGAUAUUGAAUAAAGCUCAGGAUAUCUUGAAAAUAAAACUUACCUUUUUUUUAGUAGAGUAGUAAAACCACCCAUUCUGCCUUUUUUUAAAAACCGUUUUUUGGGAAAAAAAAUUUUUUUUUGAAACUUCUAGAAUCUGAAGACGUUAUUGUCCUCUAAAGACAGUAAUGUUUAGUAAUGUUUUUUCACCUUCAGAAUAAUCUGUGAAAAGUAUUACUGGAGUAAUAAAAGAAGGUAUUUUAGAGUCUAUCUCUCUGACCAGAUUCAGUAACACCUAAAGUCUUAUUUUUAAAAGCCUGUUAUAAAAAUCUUUUCCACUCAUAAAUUCUCAUAAACAUUAAUGUCUUAGUUCAGCAACAACUUUUGACAGUUGAGGUCUUCAUUCCUAAAGACCAUGGUAUUUCUCUUUAAAAAUAAAAACCAAAAAAAAAAAAAAAACAAAAAAAAAACCCUGAAUCUUCUCUUCUUUACCCCAUCCUUAUCCAUCACUCUCUAUUUCUAUCAUUAUUACCCAACUUACUAUUCUAGGAUUGAUGACUCAGAUUCCAUUUCUACCUGAAUUAUUUGAUCCACUUAGAGAUACUGGUUAGUUCAAUUAAACUAUUUUCUGUCUUAGUAUGUACAUUAGUAAAAUAGGAAAAAGCUCCUAGGGAUCAAUCAACAAACAUUUAUUAAGUGCCUGCUUUGUACCAGGUGCCGAUCAUACUAAGGCAGAAAUGAACUGGUCCCUGCUCUCCAAAAGCUCACAUUCAAUAGGAAGGUUUCUACUCAAAUCAUAGGAUCUAGAACUAAAGCUGAAAAGGAAUUUGGAGGGCACUAUCUAAUUCAGUCUCUUCAUUUUGCAGAUGAGGACUCUAAGUACCAGGGAAUUGAAUGUCUUUGCCCAAUGUCCCCAGGGACUGUAAACAAAGAAGAUGGGGUUUGAAUUAAAAUCCUUUUACCCUAGAAUUCCCAUUCCAUUGCACCAAGUAUCUUUUAGAGACCUUUUUAAGAAAAAUUGCAAUUUUAUGAUCUCUACCAAUAAAAAUAGAAUACUAUAGGAAAUAAAAUCACUUAAUUUUCUGUCAUCUUUUAAAGGUCAAAUGAUGUCUUUGAAAAAAGUUAUAUUUUCCUCCUCAUAAAUAUGUUUUCAUUCUAAUGUAUUUUUCACUCAAUGUGUUUUCAUUCUAAGUAAGAUCUUCCCUUCUUUCUGACUGAAGAAAUUUAGAGACAAGUCUACCUGCAUUUUUUUGAGGAUUUAGAAAUUCCUUCCUCAGGAAAUAGAAUGCUAGUUACCUGAGUAGUAUCUUUGAUGUGGAAAUAAUGGCUAUUGUUAAUAAGAUAUGGUGAUUACCAGCUAAUCACUUCAAGUUUAAAGGAUUUUAAGGAAAUGGAAAAUAAAAGUAAUUAUUUCAAAUUCAAGUCCCCCUUUUUCCCACGUAAGUAGAAAGUCUUUCUGCAAGCUGCAGUUGACUACUUUUGAAAUUGGAUUAUUUCUGACUUUGUUUUUAAGACCUGAGUUAAAACUGUGUGAUGAUUGAAGAAACUGGGGAUGUUUAACCUAGAGAAAACUUAAGCCAUGGUAGCUGUCUUCAAGACUUGGAAGGGAUGUCACUUUUAGAGACGUUAUACUUGUCCUUGUUGAGGAGUGGUUAAGUAAUUUGAAAAUCUUCCUAAUGAUUUGAGCUAUCCAAAAAUUAAAUAGGCUGUCUCCAAAGAAUAGACUGACCCAAUUACAGGUCUUCUAGAAGAGACUGGGUGAUCACUUACUGAUCUGUUGGGGAUAUUUGUUUAGAUCUGAGUUGAGCUAGAUGAUUUCUAAAUUUCCUCCCAAUUCUGAGAUUAUGAUUUUAAUAAAAAGGGAUAGAGGUUUAAUUUGUGAUUUCAUUAUUAUAAGGAACUGUUGGGUGAAAAAAUUACUCAACUCUAACCCAAAAGGUUGGGGGUCGCAGAAGGGCGUCAUGAGGUGGCUCAAAAGAAUUUGCAGGUUUGAACCCAUAUCCAUGACAAGAGAUAAAGUUUGUUGUUCCACCAAUUGAAACUGAGCAAAAUUCCAAAUUAAUUUAGGUAGAACCUGAAGCAAGGAGACACAUUUAUCUAGAUCUUAUUAUUGAUAUGCUCAUUUUAUGGUGAGGUAGAACUUAGGAGUGGGCUCAGGAAUUUGGUGAUUUAUCACUGACCAACAGACCUAGGACUAUUCCUAAAGCCAGAAGACUU